AUGAUGUCAACAGACUGUGUUCAGACAUUUGAUAUCCCAGAGGACAGACUGGACAAGCAAGAUUCACAAUCCAACCAUUUAGAAGAUCUUUCAGAGCAGCUGAUUAAGAGCUGUGACCUCAAAAAAGAAUCAAGAAAAGGUAAAAUCCUCACAGCUUCCAAGAGCACUGAACAGGAACAAAAGAAGCCAAAGAGGAAAGAUACACCAGCUUUGCACACUCCACCACCUCUAACAAGCAUACUUUCAGACUCCUCCGAUUAUCUGCUGAAAAGGUAUGGUACCACAGAGAAGCCACAGAGAGGGAGAGUGAGUGCAGUCUCUCAAAUUAGUGAACUGAAGCAGAAAAAGCCCAAGAGAAAAGAUACACCUGCAAUACACAUCCCACCUUUGAUAACAGGCACUAAGCUGUUUACAGAAGAAGAACAAACAGUGAUUAUGGAAGAUGAAGAAAAGGAUGGAGAUAUAAUCCACAGUUAA